AUGGGUCUUGGUGGUAGUAAUUUAAAAAUUCCAGGUGGUGGUACUGAAGGUUUUCAUGUUCUUCGUGUACAAGAUGGUUCACCUGGACAUAAAGCUGGUUUAGAAGCAUAUUUUGAUUUUAUUGUUAGUAUCAGUGGUAUUCGACUUGAUACAGAUAAUGAUAGAUUUAAAGAAGUAUUAAAAGAAAAUGUUGGUAAACCAGUUGAACUACUUGUUUAUAGUAGUAAAACACAAACAGUACGACAAUUAACAUUAAUUCCACAUGAAAAUUGGGGUGGUCAAGGUUUACUUGGAUUAAGUAUUCGAUUUUGCACAUUUGAUAAAGCAAAUGAAAAUGUUUGGCAUGUCUUAGAUGUUCAGCAACAUUCACCAGCAGCAUUAGCUGGUUUACGUUCAAAUACCGAUUAUAUUAUUGGUGCUGAUACAUUAUUAAAUGAUGCUGAAGAUUUAUUUACAUUAAUUGAAAGUAAUGAAGGUAAACCACUUAAACUAUAUGUUUAUAAUAGUGAAAGUGAUAUGACACGUGAAAUAACACUUACACCAAAUGUUGGAUGGGGUGGUGAAGGUAGUUUAGGUUGUGGUAUUGGUUAUGGUUAUCUUCAUCGUAUACCAAUUCGUACGGCAACUGUACCACCAGUAACAAAAGGAAAUUUACCAACAAAUUCAUCUAUUAUAAGUGAAAAUAAUGCUAUGAAUAAAACACCAUUACUUUCAGCAAUACCAUCAUCUAAUCUUAAUGAAAAUACAAGUAUGAAUAUUACACUUCAACCUGUUAAUAUGCCACCAAUAGCAGUUACAGUGCCAAAUUUAUUUGUUCCAUCACCACCAGUUACUACAACAACAACUGAGACAACAUUAACAACGACUAGUGGAACUCAACCAACAACAACAACAACAACAAAUGAUCCUAAUCAAUUUGCUAAAUAUUUUGGUGAUAUGACACUUAAUCCAUCACCUACUACAUCAACAACUUUUCCUUCAAAUUCUGCAACAUUUGUUCCUAGUUUUUCUAACACUCAAUAUCCUCCUAUAUCUCAACCUUCUGUUCAACAAAUAACAAAUUCAGGUCCAACUGAUCAAUUACCAUCUGUAGUUUCUCCUCCAGUAAUGCCUCCAUCUAUUGGUGGAAUGUCAAGUUCUCAACAACAAUCAACAAAUCAAGGUCCAACUGAACAAUUAACAUCGGUAAUUCCACCUCCAAUGAUGCCUCCAUUUAAUUUUCAAAUGCCAAAUCCUCAACAACAACAACAACAACAAUAUUUUCAGCCUGUUCCUACAUCAUUAUUUACUGAUUCUCAAUAUCAACAACAACAACAACAAGCUCCUUUUCAAUUUAAUCCAACCGCUAAUACAUAUCCAAAUCCUUUUUCAGUUCCACCACCAACAUAUGCUCAACGAUCAUCACCAUUUACUCAUGAUCAUGAUAGUAGCGGACAUGGACAUAGCCAUGAUUAUGGGAUGGGACAUGGUCAUAGUCAUGAUCAUAGUGGUGGUCAUGGUCAUAGUCAUGAUCAUGAUGAUGGUCAUGGUCAUAGUCAUUAA